AUUGAGAACAGCAUCAGCACAUCAACAACAUCAUCAUCACAUGAACAAUAUCAUUACAUGAAACUAAGUCCGCAUCAUCGCAAGAACUAUCAAUACAACAAUCACCAACAUCACCAUCAGGACAGAUUACAAGAUGUUACGCGCAGGCGUCCUUUUGAAAAGGAACAAUAUCUUGCACAUCUUGGAUUCAAAGCCCUGCGGCAAUCAGCAAAGAGUGACGAGACGGAGCUGCAUCGGCCAUUAUGAACCUCACCACCCUCUUGGCCAUGUACCUCACUGUGGCAUGGCACGUGGUCGCCUCCUCUGAUGUCACGGGGUCGCCCCAGGCUGCCGCGUCUGACGUCACAUCGGACGCGGAAGUCGUCUGGGAGAACAUGAGGGAUGAGGCCGUGGCGUUUUGGCGGGAAAACCGAUGCGAAUUUCCACAAAAGGAAUUUUAUCCCAGGUUUGACGUCUGCUCACGUGUCUACAUCCCAGGAAAUCAGGUCAUGUCGCUGUGCCGUGCUCUCUUUAACAUAACACGCGCACUCUGCCACCCGCAAAGCGCCAACUCGGAUCUUCUGGACACGUUGCUACACAUUGAGGACCUGGUGGGCCAGGAAAACACCACGCAGGUCUGUUCGGCUCUGGAGCGGCUGGACUCGAUGGGCGUCAUCCCGCAGGGCGAAGCUUGGUUCGUUCCUCUGAGGGCGGUGCUCACGCACAGAGCCAUCUGCUCCAAGUUCUGCGCCUUUGGGCAGGCAAGGCCUCUCUGCGUCUCUCUGCACCUGGCCUACAACUUCAUAGCACAGGAGGGCUGGCCCGCUGAAUAUGGACUCAAUCACGCCGCAGUGAGAGUCACCGAACAGUCGCUCCUCAACCCAUCGGAUCCGAACUUUGUAGAGGAGCUCAUAGACAUGGUCAUUGACGAGGUGGAGGUAGCACAAGAAGAACUGGGCACCUCUUCUGCCCUAUCGUCAACAUCAUCACAGUCUUCACCACCACGACCAUCAUCAUCGUCGUCUUAUGUGUCCGUGCAAGAUUCUACAGUCGUGAACGCUGACGUCAAAGAGCUCGCCAAGAUCGUGGGAGAGCCUCCAAAGCAAUCUCUCCGUGGCACUCACAGUGAAACCUCCAAUCAGAUUCCCAACGUGGGGAUGUUGGCUGCAGUUUGUUGCUCCGCUCUCUGCCUGGGUCUUCUCGUGCUGUGGAUACUGAGCUCCCGACGCCAGGUGAGGGUACAGAGCGUUGCAAACCGCCUGGGCUUGGUCCGAAUUCCACGUUUCAAGUCGGGGCUGGGCGAGUACACGCAACUCAACAAGGGACAGGCCGACUGAGAGUCCCCGCACCUCCCACUCUCUCACGCCUACUGAAUACAACGCACUCACCCACUCAAUCACCCACUCACUCACAUUCUGACCCAACCGCUCACUCUUUCACCCACUCAUUCACUCAAUCAUCUGCAUGCUCACUCACUCAUUCAUCCACACACUGACUCACUCAUUAAUUCACUCACCAAUUCACCCACCCACUCACUCAUUCACCCACCCACUCACUGAUUCACCCACUCACUCACUAACCCACCCACUCACUCACUCACCCACCCACUUACUCAUUAAUUAAAUAACCUAUUUACUCAUGAAUUAAUUCACCCACCCACCCACUAAUUAAGUCGCCCACCCACUCACCUAGCCACUCACUCACCCACCCACACUCAUUCACCCGCCCACUUAGUCAUUCACCCAUCCACCCGUUCAUCCACUCAUCUACCCACUCACGCACUCAUCCACCAACUCACUCAACCACCCACUCACUCAACCACCCACUCACUCAACCACGCUCCCGCUCACCUAUCCAAUGAUUCAUUCACCCAUCAACUCAUUCACCCACGCACCUAGCCUGGCAUAUGCGCUGUGGUAAUGUGCGUAAUUUACCCACCCACUCAUACAUCCACCUACCCACUCACUCAUUCAUCAAUCAACUCAUCCACCCACUAACUCAUUAAUUUAAUCACUCAUGAAUUCAUUCACCCACUCAUUCAUUCACUCACCCACUCACCCGCCAACCUACCCACCCACCCACUCACUCACCCACCCACUCACUCACCCAUUCACCCACCCAUUCACCCACCCACUCACCCAUUCACCCACCCAUCCACUCACUCAUCCACCUAAUCAUGCACUUAUCCACCAACUCACUCAGCCACCCACUCAAUCAAAUAACCAAACUCCCACUCACUCAUCCACUCAUUCACCCAGCCAUUAACCCAUCCAUUCAUUCACCAAUGCACCUAUCAUGGCAUAUGCGCUCUGGUAAUGUGCGUAAUUUACCCACCCACUCAUUCAUUCAUCAAUCAACUCACUCACCCACUAACUCAUUAAUUAAAUCACGCACUCACUCAUAAAUGCAUUCACCCACCCACUCAUUUAUUCACGCACCCACUCACUCACCUACCCACUUACCCACUUACUCAUGCACCCACCCACACACUCAUUCGCCCGCCCACUUACGCAUUCACCCACCAACCCAUUUACCCACCAAUCCACUCAUUCAUCCACCCACUCAUGCACUUGUCCACCAACUCACUCAACCAACCACUCACUCAAACAACCACGCUCCCACUCACCCAUCCACUCAUUCACCCAUCCACUCAUUUCACAACGCAUCUAGCCUGGCAUAUGCGCUGUGGUAAUGCCCCUAAUUUACCCACCCACUCACUAACCCAACCACCCACUCAUUCAUUAAUCAAUCAACUCAGUCACCCACCCACUCACUCAUUAAUUCAAUCACCCACUCAUUCAUGAAUUAUUUCACCUAUCCACUCAUUCAUCCACUCACUCACCCACCCACCCAUACACUCAUUCACCCGCCCACAUACUUAUUCACCCACCUAUUCACCCACCCAUCCAUUCACUCAUCCACCCACUCAUGCACUCAAACAACCAUGCUCCCACUCACCCAUCCACUCAUUCACCCAUCCACUCAUUCACCCACACACCUAGCCUGGCAUAUGCGCUGUGGUAAUGUCCCUAAUUUAUCCACCCACUCUCUAACCCAAUCACCCACUCAUUCUUGCAUCAAUCCACUUGCUCACCCACCAACUCACUCAUGAAUGCAUUCACCCACUCAUUUAGUCACCCACCUACCCACUCACUCAAUCACCUACCCACUCACCAUCCAAUCACUUAUCCACCCACUCACGCUCUCAUCCACCCACUCACGCUCUCAUCCACCAACGCACUCAACCACCCACUCACUCAAACAACCACGCUCCCACUCAGCCAUCCACUAAUUGACCUACGCACCUAGCCUGUAAUAUGCGCUGUGGUAAUGUCCAUAAUUUACCCACCCACUCACUCACCCACUCAAUCACCCACCCAAUCAAUCAUUAAAUUACUCACCCCCAACCCAUUAACCAAUCAGUCACCCUACCACUUAUUCAUUCACCCACUCAUUCUCUGACUCACUCAUUCAUCCAUCCACUCACUCAUCCACGCACUAAACCACUCAAUCAUUCAUCCACUCACCCACCCACUCACCCACCUAUCAACCAACUCACUAAUUCACCCACUCACCACUCAUUCAUUCACUCAUCCACCCACUCAUUCAACCACCCACUCACUGAUUAACCAACAGACUCACUCAUUUACUCACCUACUUACUUACUCACCCACCCACUCAUUCAGCCACUCAUUCAUCCAUCCACCCACUAACUCACUCAUCUACUCACUCACUGACUCAUUCACUCACCCACUUAUGCACGCACCCAUCCAAUCACCCACGCUCCAACUUAGCCAUUCACCCACCCACUCACAAUACACGGACACACGUGUGUGUUAAAACACACACGCACCUAGCCUGCACCGCCACUUAGUGGUGAACGGGUAGAGAGAUACAUACUCAUGUAGAUAUGCAUAGACAUACAUAGAGAUACACAUUCACAUUGAUACACCUUUAUAAAUUUCCACAUGAUAAGCCACUUCGUUCAGCUAUCAUUUUGUGACAGGUCGCUUCUGAAAAAGAGCUAUAUAACUCAGAUGUCCUUACCUGGUAAAAAAUGAAUUUGUAUAGUUUACACAUAUAUCUAAAGACACAAAGACAAAGAUCCCUCAAUAGUAUUAAAGCACGUUUGGGGCAAGUGCUGUUAGCAGGCAGCAGCAACGCUUGUGAAGGUAGGCACGGAACACGAGAGGGUGGGUGGCCAACACCACGUCCGGCUUGCCUUUGUCUCCCCAGUGGUGAUGUUUACCAAACACCACACCAGGUACUCAUUUGAGGCUGAGUUCAGUUAAUUGUCACUGGUGUUGGUCGUGAGCGGGAUUCGAACUCGGGUCGCCGGGUUUUUCCCUGCUACGCUACCGCUCUCCACAUGCACAUUAAUAGACAAGCACAUUCAAUGACCCACUUACCAACUUGACUAGUCACCCAUUUACUCCCUCGCCCAGUCACUCACUCAGCCACUCAAGCACUCAUUCACAUCAUCAGACGAUUAUUCAAGAACCAACCCACUCACUCAUCCGCCCACUCACUCAGACCUCCACUCACUCACCCACUCAACCACCCAUCCACUCACUAAUUCACCCACCCACUUACCCACUCACCCAUUAUUAAUGCUUUGCUAUUUGUAUUGUCAUUGUACUGUUCGCCUUUUGGUAUUGUCUGGUAUAAAACUAGUGAGACAAGGCAAUAAAAUAGUCUGUAGCUCUGGUGUAGGCCAAUCACUACCAAGGAUAAUGCAUACAUUAUAUUAAUUGUCAAAGUAUAUUUGCGUGUUUUACAAAAAGCACCCUGUGUCGUGAAUGCAGCCUCGAUGCCUUGCAAUAAUGGGUGUCUAUUUUGUGCAUGGAUGUCUUACCACCUCCUGUAUUAUUGUGAAACGUGGACCCCCCAAAUGGAGCAUCUUCGCCGGUUAGAAACGUUUAGGCUGGCCUGCCUACGAUCAAUCCUGGGUUUAACCAGCAGGCUGGAUUGUGUGAGCUCACAAAUCCUUGAAAGAUCUGGGCAAAGUCCCAUUGGUGAGCUCCUCCGGCAGGCAAGGCAGCGUUGGCUGGGUCAUGGAGCCCGCAUGCCCAGCCACCGCAUGCCUAAACAGCUUUUUGUUCGGCCGGAUCGAGGGGGCUAAACGGGCGCGGCACGGGCUACAGAAGAGAUGGAGUGAUGUGGUACAGGAGGACGUGGAGCUAAGUGGACUUGCCGAUGACUGGUACCAGCGGUGUCAAGAUCGGCCUCUGUGGAGGAGGCUCGUGAAGGACGCUACUGGGCAGUUGGAGGCAGUCGCCCUCCAACAACAACGGAGGGCAGAGGAGCGACACUCACAACAACGAGCGGAGCGCCGGGUGCCUAAAGCACAGCAAGUUGGCACAGUAGGGGGCACAGGUGGUGCAUCAGCCAGUCAUCUGAGUCAUCUCAGUCAGUCGACCCGUGGCACCUGGGUCUGCCCCGUGACCUGCAAGCGGGCGUUCGACACUUCACGUGGCCUCAAGGUGCAUAUGGCCUGACACAAGCUUCGUGGUGACGCCACCGCCAUUUAGUGGCGAAUGGCGGUUGUAUUAUUUCUGGAAAUGGUACAGCCUGUUCUUUUUCAUCAUCUUUAUAACGACAACAAAUCAUCCCAUGUUAUUACUACACGGUAUAUUAAAGCGCAAUAAAUUCACCAUAAGCAACACAUUUUCCAUAGAGGCAUAAGCUAGCGUUCAAAUAAAUGCAAUGCAAAUGAAUUACAAAUGAUCGGCACAUUUUGCCUUUUAUUCACUCAGAAGUGUGGGGACAGCACGGAAGGGACG